AUGGCUGCACACACCAGAGCGAGCCCUCUUAAGCCCGCCUGCGCUCGCUCUCGCUUCUCUUCCUCCUUCUCCUCACUCUCGCUCACUUCCCUCCCUCUUGCUCUCGACCGAGACUCGACUUGCUGCUGCUCGACUAGCUUGCUACCACACACACACCAGCUACACCCAGCAACCAUGCAGCUCCCCUCCGCACUCGUCGUCCUCCUCUCCCUCGCCUCCCUCUCCCACGCCCUCCCCUUGGCACGGCAACGGCCCUCCCCGCGCGACAUCAACAUCUCGCACACCUCGCUCGCCAACGGAUCUACCUCGACGCACUCGAUCCCCAACUCGGUCCUCCCUGCUGAGCUGCAGAAGGCGAUCGAGGGCAGCGACAUCAACAUCAACCUCACCACCGACCGCGUCAAGCGCGCAGCGGGCGUCAACAACUCAACCAUCAACCUGACCGUCAUCAGCAGCCGCGCCCUGCUCGACCGCAAGGCUCAAGGUGACGCCCUCCGCCGCGACCGAACAACCAAGCGUUUCGCCCCGACCUCCUCAACCUCCUCGUCGUCCGCUCCUCAGCACCACAACAUCCACAUCGACGCCUCCUCGAACGGUGCAGGCGGAGUCGGAGGGAUCCACAACUCGACGGUCAACAUCAACCUUCACUCGAGCACCACCUCGCGCAAGACCCGCCGCAAAGUCGCGCUGGGAGACCACUCCGUCCUCGUCGACGUCUCCUCCUCUUCCGCUCAGGACGGAGCUGAGGACGGAGGCAUCGAAGACUCGACCGUGCACGUCAACAUCCUCCCCCCUCGCGCCUUGACCAAGUCGACCGGCCACCACUCGAUCGUCGUCGACUCUUCUUCGCUCAGUUCGGAAGACGCGGCGCAGUCUUCGACGACGACGGGAUCGCACUCGGCUGUCGUCGACACUUCUGCCGGUCCUUCCUCGUCGGCGAGCGGCGUCAAGAACUCGACGAUCAACUUGACCGUCAUCGCGCCCAAGGACUCUUCCUCCUCGCCCGCCGACGCUGAGGUCCCCUCCCUCGCACGCCUCUCGAAGCGCGCACUUCCCGCAUUCGAAGCCUGGUCUUCCUCGAUCCAGCAACGCGACGUCGCCUCUCCCUCGGAGGACGUUCCUGCGCUGGUCGGACGGGACCACUCCAGUCGCGCAUCGAUGAAGCGGAUCGUCAAGCGCGCUUAA